UGAAUGAACUAGUGUGACUGCACGUCAUCCAUCGAUUUAGUUCACCGCAGUAGCAGGGGCUCGGCUCUACCGGCACAAUUUCUCAAACAGCGGUGCGCAAAGGAGGAAACCUCGGGGUUCAGGGGGGAUCCUCGCCAACGUCAUGCGGCGAUUCUCGGACCACCGGCUCCAGCAAACCGCUCAAAGUCACGCAGACAGACGACGUUUUACAGCAGUGGGCGGAGCCGUGAGAGACUGCGCGUACUCAGCCGCUCGGUGGGCGGAGCCAAAUGAUGGUGCUGAGCUGAUAACGCACUGAGCGGAGGGAUGAACAUUUGUGGUGUGUUUGGAAAACUGCAGGAACACAAAGCAUUUCAUGUGAGAAGAAAACAAUGAUGACCUCGAUCAGGCAACACUGCUGUGGAUGAUUUUUCUUUCUCCUCACAAUGGUCUCUUUGCCAGUGUUCAGACCAUAAGCAACAAACAGAGACACGCAGACAAAAGGGGCUCGAUCCGCUCAUGCUGGUUUUGGCUGGACUGUCCGGCUCUGUACAAUGAAGAGACCCAAGCAGCAGUCGCAGGCCCUCAGUUUCCUCAGCUUCUUCAGCCGAAAGCCUAAAUCUGACCCCAGGAUCGAGAAGCCCACCGGGACUCUGAACAAGGAGGAAGUGGCCAUUACUCUCACGCCCAAUGAACAUGAGCAUGUGGAGCAAGCUCAGGGUGAUGCAGGACUGGAGGUCUGUCGGGUUGGAGGAGAUGGCGGGACGGGUGAAGGCAGUGUGGUGGGUGAUGAAGAGGGACCAGUGGAGUGCGGGAGCAGUGGCUCGAUGGCUGUCCUGUCCUUGUCCUCCUCCAGUCAGGAGCAGCUGCUGGAGCACCUGGUGGAGUGCCCGCUCUGCCUCCUCAGUCAACCGCGUGCCCACUUCCCCCGCCUGUCCUCUUGCCAGCAUCGUGCCUGCACAGACUGUUUGCGCCAGUACCUACGCAUUGAGAUCUCUGAGAGCCGCGUGGGCAUCGCCUGUCCUCAGUGCCCUGAAGCUCUAGCUCUGCCCGACGUCCGUGCCAUCCUGGAUGACGGAGCUCUGCUGGAGCGAUUCGAAGAGUUCCAGCUGCGCCGCUUUCUGGCUGCUGAUCCAGACACUCGUUGGUGUCCCGCACCAGACUGCAGCUAUGCAGUGAUCGCCUAUGGCUGUGCAGAGUGUCCCAAGCUAAGCUGUGGUCGGGAAGGCUGUGAAACAGAGUUUUGCUACCACUGCCGCCAACUGUGGCAUCCAGACCAGACCUGUGACCAAGCCAGACGCCAACGUGCUCGCCACACGUCAGGAGCCAACGAUGUUUCCACGCUCUACGUCUUCAAUGAGGAACCUGGGGAUGCAGAGGAGAUCAAGCCCUGUCCGCGAUGUGGAGCCUACAUCAUGAAGACCAAUGACGGCAGCUGCAAUAGGAUGAACUGCACAGUGUGCGCUUGUCAGUUCUGUUGGCUGUGCAUGCAAGAGAUCACUGAUGUGCAUUAUCUCAGUCCCUCAGGCUGCACUUUCUGGGGAAAGAAGCCGUGGUCUCAGACUCGCAAAGUUUUAUGGCAGGUCGGCAUGCUUCUCGGGGCACCGGUGGUGAUCUCACUCAUAGCGGGCAUCGCCAUACCAGUCAUCAUUGUGGGCAUCCCAAUUUAUAUGGGCCGCAAGGUCCAUGGUCGCUGUAAGAAAAACAAUACCUCAGGAAGUAAGCAUUAUCUGACAGUGGCCAGCGGGGUCAUGAUGUCUGUUUUUGUGUCUCCAGUCAUAGCAGCCAUUACUGUGGGUGUGGGGGUGCCUCUUAUGCUGACGUAUGUCUAUGGAGUGGUGCCCAUGUCAUUGUGUCGUAAUGGCUGGUGUAGGCCACAGUCUGAGCCUCCUGAAGUUCGAAACAUACAACUAGAAGACUUGGCCAACUAUCUUCUAUUUUCUCAUGUAGUCAGUGAUCACUGGACCGGACAGAACAACCCAGCUCUGACCGACGCAAGCGUACAGGAAGUGAGUGUGAAUGUGGAGGAAGUGAUGGCGCUUCCCAGCUUAAGUGUUCUCCAGUCUAGAGCAGUAGGUUCAGCUGAAGCCUCUGAUGAUGGACAUGUUGACAGCACAGAGCCGGUCGUUCAGUCAGAUGAAGUGGAUGUUGUUGAGGAGUGUGCCUUCAGCAGCUCACAGACAUUUGCUCUGAGAGAAGGCACCAACAUUGAGGUGCGAGUGGAGAUUGAAGCUCAGCCGCGGGGCGUCCGGAAGCCGAGCCUCAGCAGUAUUUUGUCCAGUAAGAGCCUGUCUGCAGAGUCUCUCAGCCAAUCUCAUGAACCUCUGUGUGCCUCCAAACGGACCGGCAGCACCGAACCCGUCCCAGUUCCUGAGAUUGACAGCGUCUGAGCAAAAAAAAACCCACUGGAGAACCACUGCUUCCAUGACCCACCUGGAGCUUCCAGCCGCAGAGACUCAGCAGAGCCUGAGGGCAGAUGCCAAAACGCCAUGCAGGAGAUCAGAGAAACUCAAAUGACCAAGCGCAUGUUUGUCAAGCAGUUUGAGGAGUGCUAACCAAUUUUAUACUGUGUUCCUUAGAGAAAACUCUAUCGCCUAUUUGGAUGAUGCUCUGGUUAAUUUAUUCAAUUAGCUUUUUCUUAGCUGUACCCUUUUAUCUAAUGACCGUAUGGUUUAUGGCCCUUGACAGGAAAAAAAGAUGAAGUAAUAAGCUAUGGAUUAAUAGCAUGGCUUCUUGUUAGACUGGUGUGCCAUGUGACUAGCAACGACAUGCAAGCUGAAGAGAAGCGUGCUGCAGGCUAAUGCUAACUUUGGUAAUGGGCUUUUCCCUCAUAGUAUUCAUUCUUUCGAAUUAUGCAAUUUUUUUUACAUAACCGUUGCGUUUUCAUGAAGGAGCAGUAAAUUCUGUGGGAUUUAGGUCCCGGAUUAGCCUCCAGCGUCAUGCUGU